GGGAAAGUAACACAUCAUCCGGAGUGGAGGCGUUCAUUUGAAGAUGGAUUUAAGUUUGCUUGAAGAUCUGGAGAGGGCGAGCAUCUUGCAAGUACUUCGGAGAGAUAAACUGUUGCGUACAAUGGAAGACGACAGGAUCAAGAGGAUGAAAUUGCAGCUGCAGGAACUUCGAAGAAGAGGCACAAAGAACGAGUCCAGGGAGUACGGCGAGUGGACGUGCGCCCGCUGCCAGACGCCACUGGGAAAGUUCUGCAACAGGGGCGCCGUCUGCCGCGGGUGCAGCCAUCGAAUCUGCAGCCGCUGUCGUGUGAGCGUGAGGGAAGUGGGGUGGAAGUGUACAGUCUGCUAUGCUUACAGAGAAGUCAAGAUCCGGUCCGGAGACUGGUUUUUAGAGGAAAAAUCAAAAAAGAUUCCGGCUACAACAGGUUUGUUUGCAUUCAUGAAUCAAUUUUUUGACUCAAAUGACUCAACUACCGAACGCACAAUGGAAGAUUGCUUUCUCUGCUGCACAGGCAAAUAUGAGACAGUUGGGGAGAAAUUGUUAAACUCCUUCAAUGUGCUAAGUCACAUAGCAAUCGUGGCGCCGACUCCGCCAGCCUCCUCGGGAUUUGACUUUGUGGGCAGAUCAGAGAAUUCCAACAAGGUUAGCGUUUUCCCCAAAUCAAUGGAAGAUCUGUUUUCAUUCACCGAUAAUUUUAGAAAGAUGUCUUUAUCUCAAAACAACGUGACAACCGACCUGCUAAACAUCAACCAACAUUUGUACUACAGCACUCAGAAGAGCCUCUCUGAUACUGACAUCAGCAAUUCUGUCAAACUCUACCAUGGCCCGAGUCUUCCAAACCUGUUCAACAGAAGCAAAGAUAGCGAGCAGGAGGGCUGCUCCACCGGAGCCGAAGAAGAAACCUCCAAUAGUUCGGAAAACUCAGAAGGAAAGCAAGGCAGUUACAGCAGCAUCAGCACAGAGUUCAGCCUCCUUGAGGGCAUCAGUGCCGGUGGGGACGUGGAACUGGCGUUGGCCUACAAGACCCACACCUCCUGUCUGGAGAUCACAGUGGGAGCAUGCCGCAACUUACCCCACGGAGACACCGGGAAGAAGAGGUGUCACCCGUACGUCAAACUCUACAUGAUGCCACCCAAGAGUGACAAACGCAAGACGACGGUCAAGAGAAACACUGUCCACCCGGUCUAUAAUGAGCUUUUUCAAUUUCACAUAGAGCGUCACCUACUGACUUUGAAGAGAUUGCAGGCCUCUGUGUGGCAUUCGGGGUCCCUGCACAGAAAAGUUUUUCUGGGUGAGGUCCUCAUCCCGCUGGAUGGUUUUCAGUUUGAAGACCAAGACUUCCAGCACUUCAACUGGUACCCGCUUUGUCCACAGCUGAGUGUAAAUGUCCAGAGAGGGGCGCUGUACAACUGAAUUGAAGCGACCCACUGUCCAGAGUUCAGCAGUCUGCAACCCCCAUAAUUUUAGCAGAUAAUUCAACAACUGCACUUGUAUUGGAAUCCAAAAUGCAUGCAUGAGCAUCAGUGCCGGCUCUACGCAGGGGCAAGAGGGGGCAACGGCCCUUCAAACAGAUGUCCUGCCCCCUCGAUUCAAACUUAUAGAAGUGAAAAAUCCGCUGAUAGAAACACACGUUAAUCAGCCCCCUCUCUUCUCUCAUGUCGGUGCAGUGUCCUCCCUCACACAGCCUGCUGUCAGGACUCCGCGCCCCUCCGUAAACAUCCAAUCACUGUGAGUAUGCAAAUGAGGCAAGACGCAGCCAGAGAGUGUCAAGUUACAGUCAACGAGUUAGGAGUUGGAAGAAGCAGUAAAAACUCCACUAAACUCGUCGUAGCAACCCGUGAUAUAACUAAUGAUUAACGACAGAGGCGUAGCCAAGCCGGGACUCCCUGCGCCCCGGUUGAAAAAAAUCGAGCUUUUUCGAUUCUUCAUUUUCAUGCCGUUUUUUUCUUUCGGUCUUGCGCGAAUGUGCUUGCGCUAUUCUAUGUUAUCCAUUCACCGUUUGCCUCCCUGACCCGGAUGUUGUUUUAGCGAUCAGCGAACGGCGUCGGUGAUGUUAGAUUUUUUUUCAUGUGGGCGUGCGCCCCUACUGGAAAAAUUCCUGGCUACGCCUCUGAUUAACGACAACUCAAAUAAUCGUUAAUAUAACAUUCAUAAUAUAUGUCCACCCCCCACCCUGAGAGAUUGCCACCUUAUUGUGGUCAGGGGGUUUGCGUGCCUCAGUGACCGGAAGAGCAAUACCAGCAGAAGCUUUAAUCUUCAGGUGGGACACCCAAGCUGGACAGGUCUUAGUGUAGAGGCCUGACAGAGUGCAAUCCACUUCUCCAGGUUGAGAUCUGGACACACGGCUAACAACUGCCGUGAAGAAAACACUAACAGUGUAAAUGUAAAUGUGUAAAAAAGAACAUGCCCCCUUCACAUUUCUGACUGCCCCCUUCACAUUUCUGGCUGCCCCCUCUCAUGUGCAUUCCUAGAACCGGCCCUGAUGAGCAUAUUUAUAUGUGAGCAUAAAUUACAUAUUUAAUAAUUUCAUUGAUUAUAUUUAUUCAUAUUUAUGCCAAAUAAGGUACUACCUAUUUGCACUUUCACCACAAUAGUACUAGUAUAACAGCCGGCACCUCAUCCACUCGGUAUUCAGAUCGGCUCCCGAACACUUUUGAAGACGUCACGCUAUAUGAUUGGCUGAAAAGACUGUGCUUGGUCUGUUUUGCGGAAAUGGGAUUGUCUUUCAAACGUGGACGAUUUUUGCAAAGACGACUUCUGAAACAAUGUACAGUCGGUGAUUAUUUGAUUUGUUGCUUGUGACAUUUGAUUACGAUUUGUAUUUUCUAAUAUUGUUUUGAUAAGCUUUUGUCGAAAAUAUCCUGACGUUAUCAAACACCGGUCCGUGAAACUAUUGUCUGACAAAAAUCCGGUCCGUGGUGCUAAAAAUGUUGGGGAUCGCUGAACUAGAGGACCUAAGCCUCAUAAAGAUGCGCCUAGCUUGUGCAUACAGAGUUUAAAAAUAAAUCACUCGAAACGCAUUGCAGCUAGUUACCGGAAGACUCAAGCCGGAUGCGUAGGACAAUAGUCUUCAAGCGUCGCGUUGUCGCCGUCUAUUGGUCAAUUUGUGAAAUGCCGUCGGUGACAACUGGAAAUCCUAAAUUGACGGUCCGGUUUUUCCAUGUGUCUCGUGCUACGAUGUUAAAUUUUUGUUGUCGAAAUAAAUAUUGAAAAUCAAACUGUUAGACUUUUUUUACUCGUUCCGGACAACAAACGAGAAAAUGAAGGAGUCUUCUAACUUGUGUGGAUUUGUUUUGAAGUGGAUUUGUUUUGAAGCGAAAAUUAAAUAAGCAGUCGUUUAAUAUCUGCUUUCAAAAUAAAUAUCUAAUGACCAAGAGAGACACGGACCCUGAGCAUUGCGCAUUGCACUUAUGUCUGACAAAGCGUUUUCAUUGGAUGUCAUCGAAUGCGCAGGUGUCCAAGAAUGCCGCACAAAGAACUCUCUCUCAGCCUGUGAAACAUACGUUCCACCUCUGGUUUCUACAAACGCAAAAAAAUCCUGUAGGAGUGGUGAUGUCAUGCAAUCACAAUCCUGCUCACGAGUGAAAUGCUCAAAACCAAAAAAUACUUUACCUUACCAUGAAAGUGUCAUCACAAACACUUUAGUGUGUAAUCAUAUAUAUUUAUUGGCAAUAUGUCUCAAAUACAGAGAUAUUUCCGCGACCAAGGUGAAACCAAAGUGGCCUCAUCAAGGUGAAUCCAAAGUGGCCUCCUGAUGAAACUACAGCACUCAGAUCAAGCUCAAGGAGGACACUCAAAAACAGCAUUCUGCGUUUUAAAAGUUACAUUCACCAUGAUGCUUCUACUAGCAUGGACAUUAAGGCACAAGCACAAGUUUUAAGUGGCGACACUGAUCUAAAGACAAAAAUAAGGCUCAUCCUUGAUCUGAGACUAAAAGCAGGUAACAUAAGACAUUGACAUUAUUUUAGUCACUAUAUAAUAUUUAGUUUU